GUAACAUGUUUAUAAGUCUCAAUUGGCAGCUUUAAAACUGCAGGAAACUUCAAGCAUGCACCAACAUUCCAACUGCCCUCACAGCAAAGACAAGUGCACAGUGACAUCACACACACUUCUGUGACAUCACUAAAGAAGUGCUGUGGUCACAAAGGAUCUAGAAUAGGUUUAUAUAUGGAGUUGACUGGCUUUGUAGUUAUUACUAGUUUUACAGUCAAACCUUUUGAGCUACUUGUAAGUGUUUUAGUGUCAUGAAUCAAUCUUUUUGAAAGUGAAAGUGAAACUUGGAUACAAAAUGGAUUCAGUAAAACAAGGUAAAGUAUAAGUUUCUAUUAUUAUUCUUAUUAAGAGUUGGAACCUAGUUUUGAGAGCUUUUUUACCACAGCAGGCAAAGCAUAAACUUCAAAAGACAGUAAUUGAAAGGGCUGUUUAUCUGUUCUGCAGAAACGUACCAAGUUGCAGUCCAACUGAAUUGUUUUAUAAUACAGUAAUGUGAUAUGGUGCCCUUUUUAUGAUGCUUUUAUUGAACAGCAUUAGUGCUGAAGACUAAUUCUCAAGUUUUUAUUGCGUGCUGUCAGAAGAGUGUAAAAAGGCCAAGAGUCCUUUUCUGCGUCCUGUGGUUCUCUUCUGUAAGAAGAGGGAGGAGUUCCUCAGGGAGAAAUCGAAAGAUCUCAGAGCCCGACCGCAGGUAUGCCCAUCGCAUGAUUGAUUGGGUACAGACAUGCAGUCAACAGGGAGGAGAUGUUUGCAUUUCUGUGGGUGUGAGCUCCUGGGUGUUGGCUCCUCCUGGCUAAUCAGGUGCCUCCAUCUAACCUGUGCAGGUUUCGGUUUUACAUUUGUAAAGACGUUUUACAGGUCUGCAUUUGGAAGAGGUUCAGUGAUUGCGAUCGCUUGUUGUGCUUUAGUGAUGUUAUUUAUGUGCUCCCACUGGUCUGGGAAUGUCGUUAGCCUGGUCUGCCACUGUUCACGGCGAACAUGAGUGUUUGUGUUUUGUAAGCUGGUUCUGCCCGGGGUGCGUGUGACGUGAUGCCGUCCUCGGCAGGAGGAAAGCGGCGUGCCCAAUUACAUGAGGAGCACGCAGAUGUCCCGGGUGAAGACCUGCCCCAGGACGGUCAUCCAGGACAUCGUCCCGGAGACGGAGGAGAGCGCGAGCGACAUGGCCGCACAGACCGCGUCCGUCCCAAAAGGUGGCGCUUUGCAGAAGGUGACUCUUUCAGAUUACCUGAGUGAACAAAGAGAGAAAGUCUACACCAAGUUUGCCCAUUCGAUUAAAAGGAGCAUAAACGAGAAGCUCAGGAAGGACAUCGAGAUGGAGCUGGAGGAGAUCACGCUCGCCGAGAAGCACGUGGAGGAGGAGGAGAUGGUGUUCCAGAAGCUGAUAGAAGAGAGGCAGGAGAAGCUGUCUGAGGCGCUCCAGCUGUCUGAGAAAUACUCCAAGCUGAAGACCGAGGUGACGGAGGAGUAUGAGAGAAAAACAGCUGAAAUACGGAAACUAAAAAGUGACAUUGAGAGCUUUCGGGAGAAGCUGCGGGAGUACACGCAGUACAAGGACUUCCUGACGGGCCUGGCCCCCGCGGCAUGGCGGGAGCAGCAGGUGCUGAAGAAGGAGGAGCGGAGGCGGGCCAAGCUGGAGAGGCUGAGGCAGGAAGAGGCGGAGCUGUCGGGAAAAGGGAAGAAGAAAAAGAAACAUUCAUCAAAGACAAAAAAGUGCCCUCAGAAGACCCCCAAGAAAAGUAAGAAAAGCACUCAGGAAGAUCAGUCCGGUCUGCUGGACAAGGACGAGGUUUCCGACAGCGAUGAGGAGCCCGAAAUCUUUUUCACGGAGCCGAUGGACGUGCUGACAGCCCUGGACACGCUCAUGGAGGAGGACCUGUUCCACAUCCAAGACUUCCAGGACACCGAGGAGGACAUGAGCAGGAUCCACAAAGUUCUCCACCAAACCAAGAGCGAAAUGACAACGCUGAUGAAGAACGGCAAUGAGCAUAUCGCGAAGCUGAAGGUCGACAUCAAGGUCGCCGAAGAGAUCGCGUCCGACCUGGAGCUCAAGUCCAAGCUGUUCUCUUACGGAGAAUACAGCGUCAACCAGGAUAAGAUGAUCAAGAGCCUCCACGAGAAGGUGAAGGUGGUGUACGAGAGGUGCAUGGAGGAGGUGGACUCCAGCACCCUGUCCAUGCUCACCAGCAUCGAGCACAAGGUGGAGGAGAUCAUGCAGCUGAUCGAGGAGCUGCCGCCCGGCAUGUUCGACGCCAUCGAGCGAACCAGGGAGACCGAGAGGAAGGCCAAGAUGCUGCUGGAGAAGCAGCUGAUGGAGAAGCAGCUCCAGAUGGAGAGAAUGAGGCGGGCAGCGGAACGGGCAACUUCUGACACCAAGAGGAUGACUACCCGAAAAUUGAUGUACCGUUCCCAGCCUCCAAAAAUUAAGAAAAAAGACCCAAACCGCCUGUUGGUCAAGGUGACACAGGAACAGCUGGAUGCUGAAUACUACUUCUCUUGAUUGCUGACUUGCAGUCUGUCAUUGCUGUAGGCCCACUGGUGUGCUUACUGGUAGCUCUGAGCUUCCUAGUUAGUAAGGAUGUAUAAGCUCAGUUGCUCUUUGCAUUGUUUACAUAUAACAGAUAAUUUGCAACAAGGCCAUAUUCUGAGUCAGCGAAUAAAUACCAGAAAAGAGCAA